AUGCUACUCCCUUUGUCCCUCUUAUUCCUUGCUGGUUUUGUUGCGCGGGGUCGGUCUGCCGUGUCUUCAGGCCCGUGGGACGCUUUCAACUAUUCACCUCAUUCGCGGACCGUUGUCCCCCUCUCAAUUCACUCUACGCACGGGCCCAUUGAAGGGGCAGAAGGCUUGGUCAAGGACGGGAGCGCCACUUUCAAAUCAAAAGAUGCCUACCUCACGCUUGAUUUUGGUAAGGAGGUUGGAGGCAUCCUCUCUCUGAACAUAGACAAUGCGACAAAUUCCUCCGCCUUCUCGUUUGCCUUCACCGAAUCCUCUAUCUUUAUUAGCCCCACCGCGUCAGACGACUCAGGCUACGCGACUAUUAACCGCGAUGCUGACGGGGCCGAACACAUCCUCGCUCCUCUUACUCUUGGCCCAUUUACCCAGCCAGCUGACCGGCUUCGUGGUGGUUUCCGUUUUCUGACCAUUGCCUCCACGUCGGACGCUGUGCUCACGAUCUCCAACAUAACUCUUGCGAUCACCUUUGCACCUGAUGCGCCAGACCUUCGCGCAUAUACCGGAUAUUUUUAUGCGGACGAUCCAGUCUUCCAUGAUCGAAAUUUCUUGACGAAGAUCUGGUAUGCUGGCGCAUAUACUGCGCAAACCAACAUCAUCGACUCGAACCAGGCCAGAAUGUUCUGGCCCACUGGGGUACAAGGUUGGGCAAACAAUGCUUCUGGAGGGCCGGUCGAAGGGACUAUCCUGGUGGACGGAGCGAAGCGCGACAGAAAUGUAUGGCCAGGUGACAUGGGCAUCUCGGCGAACACGCACCUUCUCUGGAGUACGGACCUGCUUCCGAUAAAGAACUCCCUUCUCGUCAUGUUCUCGACAUCCGACCCCGUAACGGGCGCUUUGAAUUAUUCUGGUCCGCCGAUCAACGCCCGAGGCAGCGACACCUACAUCUCUUGGACGCUCAUUGGGACGCACACCUAUUGGUUGUACUCGAACGACACAGAAUUCGUGCAGCGUGUGUGGGCGAAUUACACCAAGGCUGUCGCAUUUUUGGAAAACCAGGUCGACAGCACGGGAUUGAUGGACGUUCCGAUAGCGUUUAUGAACGAUUGGGGAAGGGAUGGGGGAAGUGGGCAUAACUCGGCAGCCAAUGCUUUGCUAUACCAGACACUGCUCACCGGCGCUGACCUUGCCAAAGCGUUGGGCGAUAACGAGCUGGCGACUCGCUACCUGGCCAAUGCGACGACCGUCAAGGUCGCAUACAACACCCUUCUGUGGGACGCCAAAGCGGGAAUGUACAGAGACAACGAUACGACGACGCUGCACCCGGAAGAUGGCAACUCUUUGGCGGUGGAUUUUAAUUUGACAACGUCCGAGAGCCAGAUUCAGGCUAUCAGCCAAGGCUUGACGAAUUUUUGGACGGAUAUCGGGCCUGUCACUCCAGAGUUGGCUGAUACGAUCAUUCCGUUCGUGGGAGGGUUCGAGCUUCGGGCACACUUCAUUGCUGGUCAAGGAGAGCGUGCGCUCGACCUGAUUAGAAAAGAAUGGGGCUACAUGCUCUACACGAACCUCAGCGUGCAGUCUACUCUCCUGGAAGGAUUCACCGCGAAUGGUUCUCUUGGAUAUCGCAGCGCUGUCGGCUAUGACCACGAUUUCUCGUACACCAGCCAUGCCCAUGGCUGGAGUACAGGCCCGACGGCCGCCCUUUCAUUCCACGUUCUCGGGCUACAGAUCACCACACCGCUCGGCGCCACCUGGUCUCUCAAGCCUGUGCUCAGCGGACUCAGCGCUGCCGAAGGCGGAUUCGAAACGGGCCUGGGCUGGUUUGGCGUGAAGUGGUCCGUGGCGAAGGGGACGCUCACGGUGGUUGUCACCGCGCCGGACGGCACGUCGGGCGUUGUGGACCUGCCUGGUCACGGCGCGAUCAAGGUGGAUGGGCGUUCGGUCGGCUCUGGUACCGUCACGGUCACCGGCGGCAAGCAUACACUUGUACAAAGAGUUUGAGUUCUGCGUUCAAGCUCCUUCAUAACAGUUUUUGAACUGGAUCUGCGUUGCACUGUGCUUUGCGAUCCGACUGUUUCUGGGCAGGAUUGACAUUGUCGUUGAACGAUGUGAUG